CUUCAACACAUAACAGUCUGAGACUUGCGAAAUGAAGAACAUCUUUCUACUCAUCAUCCUAAUUUCAGAUUUUGAGGCUUCAGGUGGAACAAAAAGAUGCCCACAAAAUGGGACUGAAUUUACCUGCCGACAGCCAAAAAGUAAAAAUGUGAAAAUAUUUAUUUCUACAAUUAACUCAGAGCAAAACAAUCACAAUGAUAAAUGUGAAGAAAGAUUUAACUCCCUCCUGUUCCAAUACAAAACCAAAAACUGCAGUUUGACUGUAAUGUUAACAAAACCUCACAUCGGUAUGAUAGAAGUCAAAGCAGACAGCUGUAGCUCAUCAGCUAAAACAUCUAAAAAGCCAAUAAUAUGUAAUUAUCCAAAUCAAAACCAGUCAAAAUUCCAGUCAAGGUGCAGGUCCCAGGAUUUUGUCUGUGACAAGUUUUCCCCACAAUCACAUAGUGAAUUCACAGAAUCAAUCCAUAAAGCGUGUCCAUUCAGUGAUGGUCUUUACUCAUGUAAAAUGGAAGAGAGAAAGACAGAAAAGCCUGAACUCAUUCUAAAGGUUACAGAUAUUGUAACUUUCACCAAAUCACCAGUUAUUGGAGAGAACCUCACCUUCUUUUGCAAAUAUGAUGAUGACAAAGACCAAAAACUUGAAAAAUUUGUCUGUAAGGGAGAAAAGCCGACCAAAUGUGAAGUUGUCAUCAGCACCAAAACUGCAGAUAAAACCUGUAGGUUUACAAUGCAGAAUAAUAAGAAAGGUAAUAUCACUAUAACAAUAAAAGAUGUAAGAGCCAUAGACUCUGGUACAUACUGGUGUGGAGCAAGAAAGAAGCACCAGCAAAGUGAAAUAUUCAUAAGCCGACUCUUCUUGGAUGCAGUUACAACACCCACAUCUCUUCCUACUUCAACUACGUCUUCACAUAUUUAUGGUGGCUUGAGCUCGGGGGUGAAAACAUCAUUCAUCAUAAUAGCUGCUGGAGGGACACUGAUUCUUUUGGUGAUAGUUACGUUUUGUCUGUACAAACGAUGUCUUCGUUCAGAAAAAGCGGAAAACAGUUCUGCAGAGCAACAUCCCAGAGAGGACUGCAUAUAUGAAGAGAUACCACUUGGCCUGCAGACAAAAGUGGGCAACGCUCAUGCCACAGUCAACUUUUCACCUAACGACCCAGCUUCACUGCAUUAUUGUACUAUCAAUUUUCAAAGUGGUUCCACCAAAACCACUGAUGGAGAAGUUCAGAUCAUGGAACCCUCCUCAUCCUCGUGUCAGUAUUCUUUCCUAAAGCUCAGCAAAAACUUAGCUUCCCUGAGUGAUCCACCAACCAAAUCUACAGGCGAACCGCUUUACUCAGCAGUCAAGAAGUAACAAUAGGAAAUAAAUAAAAACAAAGAAGAAAAAGAUUGGAGGACUGAAGUUUUAUUUGAUCAGGGCAAAAAUUGUAAAUACUUUCAAGCUGGAAUCAGUUGAUCUUUUAAAAUAUGAUACAUGACUUCUGACCUGCUGUGCAAUGAUAAAGCUCAGUAUAAAAGUUUGAUUUCUCUGUUCACUUCAGCCUUAGAUUUGUCAUAUCACAGAAUGCAUUG